GAGGAGACUCCUUUCUUUCUCUUUUCUAACACGCGUUUUUUUUUUUCAAAGAUGAACGUUGGCUGCGUCAUCCUGGCGUGCACCUUACUCGUGGGCGCAUCCUUGGGGAAUAAGGCAGGCCAGCCCCUCAAAGCCCCGUGCAGACCCGGCUUCUCCCAGAACUUCUACACAGUGAUUGUCCCGAGAGACGUACUGCACGGACAGAGCAUCCUCAAAGAUACCACCCUGUCCAGCGAGCGUGUGAAGUUUGAGGAUUGCCAGCACAGUAGAGAGGUGGGCUUCAUCAGCAAUGACCCUAACUUUAGUGUGCGGCCUGAUGGGUCGGUGUAUGCCGAGCAGGAGGUGGCCAACCUUUCAGAGCCUGUCCAGUUCAUGGUGACAGCCCGGGGGCUCCAUGACCCACACAUCUGGGAGACGACUGUUAAACUGGCCCUGGCUGGACACCCUCAUCCUUUACCUCUGACUAAGAAUGGCUUUGAGGAAAGGCUGUCAAGAGUCUGGGAAUCCCAACCCAGAGUUAUCAAGUUUCCUAGAAAACAUCAGAGGAGCUCCUCUGCCAAUGGGCUGAGGCGACAGAAGAGAGACUGGGUCAUCCCACCAAUCAAUGUGCCUGAAAACUCCCGAGGACCCUUCCCUCACAUGCUUGUCAGGAUUCGCUCAGAUCAGGACAAGGAUGUUGGGAUCCGCUACAGCAUCACAGGAGCAGGAGCUGAUCAGCCUCCGACUGGGAUCUACAACAUCGACCCCAUCAGCGGCAACAUGUUUGUCACCCAGCCCCUGGACAGAGAGGAGAGAGCCUCUUUUCAUCUGCGAGCCCAUGCAGUGGACAUGAAUGGUAACCAGGUGGAGAAUCCGAUUGAUCUGUACAUCUAUGUGAUCGACAUGAACGACAACAGACCUGAGUUUCAGAACCAGGUGUACAACGGCUCUGUGGCUGAAGGCUCCAAACCAGGCUCGUCCGUGAUGCAAGUGACAGCCACUGACUCAGAUGAUUCGACCACGGCGAACGGCAUGGUGCGCUACCGUAUCCUCUCUCAGACGCCCCACAGUCCAAUCCCCAACAUGUUCACCAUCAACAGUGAGACUGGAGACAUUGUUACCGUGGCAGCAGGCCUGGACAGAGAGAAAGUGUCUCAGUACACCAUCAUUGUCCAGGCCACAGACAUGGAGGGCAACUUGAACUUUGGUUUGUCCAACACGGCCACAGCGCUUAUCAGCAUCACUGACAUCAACGACAAUCCCCCAGAGCUGACGGUCAGAACGUUUUCAGGAGAGGUGCCGGAGAACAAGGUGAACGUGGUGGUGACAAACCUGACCGUGGUGGACAGGGAUCAACCCCACAGUCCAAAUUGGAACGCCGUGUACCGCAUCGUCAGCGGAGACCCCUCUGGACACUUCACCAUCCGCACCAACCCCAUCACCAACGAGGGCAUGCUCACAGUGGUCAAGCCGGUGGAUUUUGAGAUGAAUCGUGCCUUCAUGCUGACUGUGGUGGUGUCCAACCAGGCCCACCUGGCCAGCGGCAUCCAGUCCUCACUUCAGUCCACAGCCGGAGUCACCAUCUCGGUGCAGGAUGUGAAUGAGCCGCCCGUCUUCCCCGUCAACCCGAAGAUGAUUCGCUUUGAGGAGGGCGUACCGGCAGGGACCACGCUGACUGUGUUUGCUGCUCAGGACCCCGACCACUUCAUCCACCAGAUUGUCAGAUACUCAAAGUUGUCCGACCCAGCUAACUGGCUGAAGAUCAACAGAACGAAUGGUCAGAUCACCACCAUGGCCAUGCUCGACAGGGAGUCCAUGUACGUCAAAAACAACGUGUAUGAGGCCACGUUCCUGGCUUUCGACAAUGGUAAGUCUGGCUCGCCUCAAGCCAGCGGGACUGGAACCCUCCAGAUCUACCUGAUCGAUGUGAACGACAAUGCACCGGUGCUGGUUCCCCGUGAGGCCCAGGUGUGUGAGCGAGCGCGCCCAAACUCUCGGAUCAACAUCACAGCCUCUGAUGCCGACGCUGAUCCAAACGUGGGGCCCUUUGUCUUUGAGCUGCCUUCUUUUCCUGCCAGCGUUCGCCGCAACUGGACAAUUUCCAGACUCAGCGGAGACUACGCCCAGCUGAGGUUAAGGAUUCCUUACCUGGAGGCCAAUGUGUACGAUAUCCCAAUCAUUGUGUCUGAUUCAGGGAACCCUCCUCUGUCCAACCGCUCUCUCAUCAGAGUCAAAGUUUGUCCCUGCGAUGAUAGCGGGGAUUGCAGCGCCACAGGGGCCGUGGCAGCUGCUGGACUGGGCACCGGGGCCAUCAUUGCCAUACUCAUCUGCAUCAUCAUACUGCUCAGCAUGGUUCUGCUGUUUGUGGUGUGGAUGAAGCGCAGAGAGAAGGAGCGGCAAGCGAAGCCUCUUCUGAUCGACCCUGAGGACGAUGUGAGAGACAACAUCCUCAAGUACGAUGAAGAGGGAGGAGGAGAGGAGGACCAGGACUAUGACCUGAGCCAGCUGCAGCAGCCCGAGUCCUUAGACCACAUCAUUAACAAGCCCUCGGGGGUGCGCAGGGUGGACGAGAGACCUGUGAUCGCCGAGUCCCAGUACCCCGUCAGACCCAGUCUGCCCCACCCUGGAGACAUAGGAGACUUCAUUAAUGAUGGUCUGAGGGCAGCAGACAACGACCCCACCGCUCCUCCCUAUGACUCUCUGCUGGUUUUCGACUACGAGGGCAGCGGCUCGACCGCCGGCUCCGUCAGCUCGCUCAACUCCAUCAGCUCAGGGGACCAGGACUACGACUACCUCAACGACUGGGGCCCUCGCUUCAAGAAGCUGGCCGACCUUUACGGAGGAGGGGACGAUGACUGA